AUGCAAAAAGGUAGACUGAAUCUCGUGUCGGAAUAUGACUGUUUAGAAGAUCUUCGUCAGAACCCUGAGGCUCAGCCGCUUCUCGGGUCCCCCUUCACCCACUCGGAAACCCACUCUCAACAUGGACUUGCCAUCAUAAUCUGCACUGCCUCGAUAUUGUUUAUUGCCAGUGCAGUCAACGGCCUAGUGACCCUCAACAUCACGCAAUUAUCAUCCGAGUUCGGAUUGGACCCCGGAGUUGAAUUAUGGCCAAUGUCAAUGUACUAUCUCGCUCAAGGCUGCACGUUCCUGCUGGCAGGAUCUUUAGCAGAUGUCCUAGGCAGCAAGAGAACAUUUCUGUCCGGAUGCUUUCUACAGACUGUUUGCCAUCUGGCUAGUGGACUUGCCCGAACUGGCGCGCAGCUUAUUGCUGUCAGAUUUGUGUCCGGCGUGGCUUACCCGAUGUGUUUUAUUUCUGCAAUGAGCAUUCACAGGGAGCAUCUUCCAAUUGGGAAGUUACGCAAUUUGGCAUUUUACUGUACGAGUGCAAGUCAAUAUAUUGGUUCUGGGGUAGGCAUCGUCCUUAGUGGAGUACUCUCGGAGACUGCUGGUUGGCGAUGGGGCUUUCAUUGCGCCGCAAUUUUGAGCCUAUUGGUGUUUCUCCUAUCAAUUUGGUCGAUUCCCCAACCGGCCCAAGAUCUAAAAUAUAUCCCUUGGACUGAACUGGCUGAAGAUAUCGAUUGGUCUGGAACACUGCUGGCUAGUUCAUUAACGGCGCUCCUAUUAUCUGCAUUGGCUGUCAUCACAAACAAUGUGGCAAACAUUGGCAGAUCGGACCUCUUCGUUCCCCUUGCUCUUGGUUGGAUCCUCCUUGUUGCUUUCCUGUUCUGGCAUGAUUGCUGGGAAAGAGACACCACACAGCGCAUCCAAGAUUCUCUUUGGACAAACGGCCAUUUCCUUUCCAUCGGUCUGGUUGUUUUCUUUAUCUACGCGUCAUCUCACUCUACUUCGCAGCUUAUGAUCUUCGUAUUCCAACGAGCACAAGGGCUUUCGGUGCUACAAUCUUCUUGGCAAUAUCUGGCAAUCCCAAUCACCGGUGCGCUGAGCAGUCUGUUCACUGGACAUUUCUUAUCUCGUGUUGAAGCCAACCGAAUUCUCGUUAUUGCAAUAGUGCUCUCUAGUCUCUCUCCACUCUUGAUGGCUGUCUUGAGCCCAGCUUGGCCUUACUGGAAAUGUGCAAUGCCCGCCAUUUCAUUAAGCUCGGUGGCAUCAAAUUCUGUUAUCCCAAUUGCCACAAUGAUGGUCGCUGGGUCUUUGCCUGCAGAGACCCAGGGGCUUGCAAUGGGAGUGCUAUGCACUGUUGCAAUGAUUGGAGCCUCCGUAGGUAUGGCACUGAGUGCACUUAUUUCAAAUGAUGUCAGCACACAGCUACUUCAGACCCCCGACCAAACUACUUCUUUGCUCCAAUCCCCAGACACCUGGAUGAGAGGCUAUCAGGCUGCAUUCUGGUUCUUGCUCUCGCUGAACUUGGUCGGCUUGGCCGUCACUCUUGGCUGCUUGCGGAAACUUGGAAACUUGGGUCGAAAAUUAGAUAUAGGCCAUUAA